AACUCCGUCUCCUCUCCUCUCUCCCUCUUUCUUUCUCUAUUUCUCUUCCUUUCCCUCCAUCAUUAUCUCUCUCUUCCCCCCUCUCUCUCCCCUUAUCUUCCUCUUCAUUUCUCCCUCUAUCCCCGUAUUCUUCUGUUUUCCUCCUGCUCUCUCUCUCCCCAAAUUUCUGCCCCGUCGGGGUUCCGGAAACUUUUAGCAUCUUCCGAUGCUCGACCGAUUGGCUUGGCAUCGCCCCGCCUCGGACAACGUCGGACCGCGAGAUUCGUGGCUGAGAGACAGAAGGCGAGGGCGAAGGCGAGGGCGAGGGUAGCAAACUUUGUUGCUGACCCGUUAGUCGUCCUCGGCCUCGGACGCUUGUCGUCUACACACGGACAAAGCGGACAGAGGCAUGCAGACAGCUUGCAAUCCAGACUCGAGGGGACACAACCGCAUGUCCUGCCAAAAUCAGCCCGACGGACGCGUCUUUCUGUCUGUAUGUCUCUUUUUCUUUCCUUGUCUGUCUGUCCUUACGUCCAGUUGCAUGUAUGCAUGUUCGCUGACGGCUGCUCCAACCGGAGGAAGGUGGGAAGAUUGAAAUGA